AUGUCGGUGGAAGAUUACAGCGCUGCACGCCGGGGGAUCCUCCAGGAUGUUGCCAAUGUCUCGACUACGACUACGCAACCAGUUUUGGCACAUGAGGAGGAGACUUUCGAUUUCAAGGUUGAUCUGGUGGAUAUUCGCGAGAAAGAACAAUGGGGAGAUACGCCAUUGAUCACCCUAACCCCCAAUCGGCAUCAAGCUAAAUCCGGCGUAGCGGCGAGAUAUGAGGAUUAUAUCCUAGUACUGCGGAGAAGGUUUGACAUAAUGGGCGAAAGGGUAUCGAUAGAUCUCGAAGUUCGAUCACCUCAUAUACUGAGAGCCUUCCGCAAUGUCUUGGGAGAUCAUCCCUCGAUGAACUUCGAUUCUGCUUUGGUCGCUAUCUCUAAGCCGUACGCGCCGCUGUUCCAUUACCGCAAGGAGCUUCGGAGCUAUGCUUCCGACGACUCAAGGACCGUGGUCGAGAAAGAGCACUUGGAUGUGCUAAUCAAGUUCAUGGACAAGAAUCUCUCGCAGACCGAACGUGAUUACGGACAUUCUGAACCGUACCGAAUGGUCUCUUAUCCUCUACUCUGGACGCUGUUUAGGCCGGAAGAGGUGAUCAUUGCUCAAGGCGACCACUUCGACGAAUGCUACACAGUCGAUACUUGCGAAUACGUGCCAGAAGUUCGCCAAGGCACCGAUGACGACCUGACGCCGUAUUUCAAGAUCGAGGCCAAGAGAUGGGACUACAAUGGUACACGUUUCGGUAUGUGUGGGGAGAAACUCAAGAUCAGGGAAUUUCCUACCCCGGUCAAAAUCGAUACCUUGAUGGUGUAUCCCAUACGGUUUCACAAGAAAGAAGACACGGAAAGCCUGAGAGAAAGGCUGAUACAACGAGGACGGAAGUGGAGAGAGAUCCUGGAAAAGACCCACAUGCAUUAUAAUGCAUUGGCUUGGUCGGAGCCUCCUCAUGAGCCUAUCACACAUGUGGACAAGUUGAUACCAGGUCAUGUGUCAGGGCGGAUCAUGUUAGACUACGAGACGCACGCACAAGCUACGCCCCGUCUUGCGACGUUCCUUUCGACAUCUGGCGCCACAAUGGACUACAACGAUAAAUACACAGUCAAAAGAGACUAUGACAUGAUCGGGGACCACAGCAUGGCGCGCAAGGCCAGUGAGAAGGAAGACAGAUUCAUGUCUCAUCUCAGGACUCCAGCUUACAGGAUAUCUGAUGACCAAGCCCUUCUAACUCCUGCUAGAGUAAGAGGAUACUCGUUUGUAGAGAAGAUAUGGGCUUUCUUUUUGGUCGAAGAGGUACGGGAUAUUGAAUGGCACCCAAAUGCAUUUGAUAGCCUCGAAUUGGAUGCCAGAAUGAAGACUGCAAUCCUCGCUAUGGUUUCAGCGCAUCAGAACCAAGAUGACUUCGAUGACAUCGUGCCAGGGAAAGGCAAAGGCCUUGUCUUCCUGCUUUACGGCAAGCCAGGGCUCGGCAAGACCCUUACAGCAGAGGCCGUAGCUGAGCAUAAGAAAUGUCCCAUGUAUUCCAUAACCAGUGGCGAGUUGGGCACAGACAUUGAGAAGACAGAUGUGCAACUUCGUACGAUAUUCACCCGAGCAAAGGCGUGGAACGCCAUCAUAUUGCUCGAUGAAGCAGACGUGUUUCUGGCUCGAAGGACCGCAACCGAUCUCAAGCGAAACGCUUAUGUUUCAGUUUUUCUUCGCCUCAUCGAAUACUACAAGGGCACCAUGUUCCUGACGACAAACCGUCUCGAAGACUUUGACACGGCAUUUGAAUCUCGGAUUCACCUGACUAUCCGAUACGAAGCGCUCGAUAGCAUUCGUCGUACUAACAUCUGGAGAAACUUUCUGAAGAAAGUCGGGUCUGGACAGUGGGACGAGGCGACAUUGUCGCGUCUCGGAACCGAGUACGAACUGAACGGCCGUCAGAUAAAGAAUCUGCUUAGGACUGCUCUUGCGAUCUCAAAAUACGACGAGGUAGAGCUUUCGGAGGAGCUGAUCAGGAGAGUGUUGGACCUUUCAAGGGAGCAUUUGCUCGAGCAUCGUUUGACAUCACCACAAUCGCAGCGCGAACCAUGA